AUGUGGAGUCCCGAGGCGGAUUUGGUCGCGUCGCCGCCGGAGCCUGAUGAGUGGGUGGACUCGCCGGGGGCGGGCAGCGAGGUGUCGCGCAGCCAUUGGAUGCCGGAGGAGGCGUUCAAGCGCUGCACCAAUCCCGCAUGCGGAAAGGAGUUCACGCAGCGCCGCCGCAAGCACCACUGUCGGUGCUGCGGCAACGUGUACUGCAGCAAGUGCACCGGCUACGUGCUGCCGCUCAACCCGCUCAGCGCCAUGAUCGAGGCGGGAGGGGUGAAGGCCAAGGUCUGUGAGCUGUGCUACGAGAUAUGUGCAGUGCAUCCCUUCAUCCUUCUUCCCCACGCCUGUCCGCGUGUGCGUGCACAGCGUGCAGUGGACGAGGGGUAUGCGGAGAGCACCGGCAGCGAGGGCGACGGUGAAGCACACGGCAGUGUGGUCAGCGCACAGGGGUAUGACGAAGCCGAGUCCCCUGCUGCCGCACCUGCUGACAGCCUCACACACGCGUCAGCUGCUAAGUCAGGCCCCUCAGACUUGGCUGCGGAGCAAGCAUCCUCCCCCAACUCCAUCCUCUCCUCCUCCCCUUCCUCCUCCGCUGCCACCCCUGCUGCCGCCACCGCCAACAGCAGCGACGGCAGCAGCAGCACCUCAGCGCCACCCCCCUCCUCCUUCGACUCAGCCAUCCCGCGCCCCUCCAGCGCCGGCCCCUCCACUCUCUCCGACCGCCUCUCCCACGCGCGCCCGCCUUCCUCCCUAGAGGAGGACAUAUUCGGCUCCCGCCCUCGCCUGCGCGCCGCUGUGCUGCAGGACCACCGCCCGCACUCCAGUGGAGGGCGUGUUGCUUCCUCCGCCUUCCCCCGCUUCAACUCCAUUUCCGGUGCUGCCAGCACACAUGGCAGCGGCACCGGGGGUGCUGGUGGGAAUGGGAGCAUCAGUAUCGGUGGGGUUGGCAUGGGGGGCACGUUGUGGGGCAGUGGCGGCAGCGGGGAGCUGUUUCUCCGCAGCGUCACUCUCUCUGCAUCGCACGAGCGGGCGACAAGGGCAGCUGGGAGUGGGCUGAGCGUGGAAGGGGGUGCUGAAAACAGUGCCAUAAGCGCCAGCAGUACUACCAGCAGUUAUUCCGCCUUUGCUGGUGCUGCCAGGAGCAGCAGCAGCAGCGCCGUGACCACCAGCACUGGUGACAGCAGCAGGGGGGCAGGCGACCGGGUGCGAGUGCUGCAGCGGUAUCGCCACCUGUCUGUGUCAUUGGAUGAGGAGAGGGGCGCGCGCAAGGGCAGGGGCGCUGCAGCAGGCGCGUGGGCAGCCGCGGAUAGAGCAGCCGCCGCAGGCCCACAGCAUUUGGACCUGGCGGGGAGUGGGGGGAGUGGGGGGAGCGUGGGGGGAACGGGAGGGGGGAUGGGCAGUCGAGUGCCACUAGGGCUGCCUCCCAGGGCGGAUGCGAGGCAGAAGCAGCAGCAGCAGCAACAGCAGCAGGGGGAGGGCAGCAGGGGUGGCAGCGGGGGGAGCAUGCGGGGGGGAACAGCGGGGCCGGGGAACAAGAUAGGGCUGUCUCUCGACCUGCUGGCUAAGAUGAACUUCCCCUCUCAGCCCUCCCCUUCUCACCCGUCCCCCUCCUACCCCUCCUCCGCACAACCUUCCCCCUCUCUCUCAUCCGAACCUUCCUGGAAACGACCUUCUCCACUUCAUUCCCCCGCCUCCGCGAUUAUGUCCCCCCAGCCCUUCUCCCCCUCCCCCUGGGCGCAGCCUGGGCGCGCCAGGGGGGCCAGGGAGAGCGCGGAUGUGCUGGUGAUUGCGGACAGGGGGGCGGAAUUGGAGGCGGAGGGGGAAGGGGAUUGGGACUCUGAGGGUUUGGGAAUGUUGGGAGGGGGAAGACAAGCCAUGGGGGAGAGAGGGGCCGGGGAGCAGUUACGGGGAGGGCAGGUUGGUGGGGUGAGUGUGGAGGAGCAAGAACGGGAGGCGAGAGAGCGGGAGGAGCGGGAGAGGGAGGCUCAGGAGAGGGUGGAGGGGGAGCAGAGGCGGAGGGAGGAGCUAUACGAGGAGCUGGGGGCGGGGCUGCUGCUGGAGUCCCCCUCGGCGCAUGUGAAGGGCGCUGUGAAGAGCGUGCAGCUGCACGACCUGCUGGCCGCCUGGGAGAAGGGCGAGAGUGUUCUCGACUCCACCACCAGCACUGUCUCGCCCCUGCCUGCCGUCUCACCCCUGCCCACCACGGCCUCUCCGCUCACGCUGCUCGCCUCCAUCUCGCACCGCAUGGGCCUCGCUGCUCCACCCGCCCCACCCGCCCCUGCCUUGGAGCAACUCGGCGAGGCCAGGGGCGAGAAGGGGCACAAGGAGGCAGGGGAGGCAGCAGCAGGGGGGGCGCUGGACGAGGUGAAGCGCAGCCUCGCCGCCUCCAUGGGCGCUGCUGGGGGGGGGGGAGAGGCCCGCACUGCUGCCUCGGGCGGUGCAAGUGGCGCGCCUCAGGAGUCCAACCCCCCCGACGCCAAGGCACCUGGGACGGUAGCGCCCGGUGCAAGUGGCGGGGCAGCGGCUGAGUCGUCUGCGUUGGCUGUGCGGGCAGCGCCAGCGUCGCUGCUGCAGUGGUCGUCCAGCGACGUGCUGCACUGGCUGCGCUCCUCCGUGCCCUUCCGCUCCGCCCCCGCUGCACACUAUGCCGCCGGUUUCGAGAAAGCGGGGGUGGAGGGGAUCACACUGGUGGGCAUGACACGUGGCCACCCUGCAUUGGCCAACAUGCGCCCCGCUGACCUGGUGGCGUUCGAGGUGAGCACAGCACACAUGCCACGUAUGCAUGUGUGUGCUUCCCACAUUCUGUGCAGCAGGUUCACUUUGCCCACUGCAGUGACCUGCCUCAACAUAACCCGCCCUGUGCUUCCCCUUGUGCCUCCCCAUGUGCCUUACUCUGUGCCUCCUCCUGUGCCUCACCCUGCGCCUCCCCUCUGCCUUUCCCCGGCCCUGCCCUUUCGCAUCCCCUCCACGUGCACCUUCCCCACGCCUCCCAUGGCGAGUCAGGUGGAGCGCCGGCGAGUGGUGGCGGCACACGCAGCAGGGCAGCCCGCAUCAGAGCUCGGCCCUCGGCCUGCCACAGCAGUGGGAGUCACAGGGAUGGACUCGCAGCAGCUCAGGCCUGGACAGGCGGGGCAGGCGGGGCAGCAGCAGCAUGCGAAGCUGGUGCCACCGCGGCAGUUCCGUGCUCUGCAUCUGGACGGAUUCUCCUCUGCCAGCUCACGGGCCACCACCCCAGCAGACACACCUCACUCCACAGACUCCCGCAUUCUCAACCCCGUCCCUGCCCGCCCUGCCACUGCUGCUGCUGGCAGCGGCGGUGCAGGGGGGCAGAAGAAGGGGGCAGUGAGCAGUGCCGGGGGCAGCGGGUGGCUGUUUGGGUGGAGCAGUGGCGCUGCCAAGGACAGCCCCGCCAGUGCGGAGGUGGGCAGGGGGGCACACACUGGAAGGCAAUGGGUGAUAGAAUUGGAACUUAACUGA